AUGGCGGAGGCGAUGAAUCAUCGGCAGCGCAGCUCGGAGGACUACGGAGUGUACGAUGAUGCCAAGACGUACUACAUGACAGAAGAGAGGCAUCACAACCGUUUUGGGGCUCGAACGCGGACUUACUCCCAGAACAGUCUAGUGAAGCAAUUCGAGAGAAACGGUCUACGAGAGCCAUUCCGAAGAGGCAGUCACGAUGAGAGUGCCCUGCCUCAAGGCCGUCGGUUCCUGAUCCAGGUUGAGCCCACUCUCGACAACUUGCGGGCUCAAGAGGACACUGACGGAAACAUGCAAAUCACAAUUGAAGAUGAAGGACCCAAAGUACUCUCUCUGCCGACUGCCGCUUCUGCGGGUCACAACCGUUUCGAAGUGCGAGGCACAUACAUGCUAUCCAACUUGCUACAAGAAUUAACAUUGGCCAAAGAAUAUGGCCGAAAGCAAAUCAUUCUCGAUGAAGGUCGAUUAAACGAGAACCCAGUCGACCGUCUGUCGAGACUCAUUCGAGACCAUUUCUGGGAUGGCUUAACCAGACGGAUUGACGCGUCGAGCAUCGAGCUUGCUGCAAGAGAUCCGAAAGACUGGACUGACGACCCGCGGCCAAGAAUCUAUAUCCCCUGUGGUGCGCCUGAGCAGUACGAAUAUUACAAAAAGGUGGCCCAAGACAGACCAGAGAUCCGACUGGACGUUCGAAUGCUCCCGGAAAAGAUUACCCCAGAACUGAUUCGGGAUAUGAACGAGAGGCCAGGUCUUUUGGCGGUCGAGACGGAAGAAGUAGUGGAUCCUGUGAGCGGGCGCAGGACCAUGCAGGGCCUUCCCUUUGUUGUACCAGGUGGGCGAUUCAACGAGCUGUACGGGUGGGACAGCUACAUGGAGUCCCUCGGCCUGCUUGUCAAUGACAGAGUAGACUUGGCAAAGUCGAUGGUCAUGAACUUUUGUUUCUGCAUUGAGCAUUAUGGAAAAAUUCUGAAUGCUACUAGAUCAUACUACCUGGGUCGGUCACAGCCGCCUUUUCUAACUGACAUGGCUUUACGAGUGUAUGAGAAGAUCAAGCACGAGCCGAAUGCCAAGGAGUUUUUGCGACGAGCGAUUUUGGCGGCCAUCAAGGAAUACCACAGUGUCUGGACGUGUGAGCCCCGACUCGAUCCCGUAACUGGCUUGUCGAGAUACCGGCCAGAAGGAUUGGGGGUGCCUCCAGAGACCGAGGCUGGCCACUUUGUCCACAUUCUCGAGCCCUACAUCAAGAAGCAUCAAAUGGGCUUCAAGGAAUUUGUCCGCGCCUACAACUAUGGCGAGAUUGAGGAGCCCGAGCUGGACAAGUACUUUAUGCACGAUCGAGCCGUGCGCGAGUCCGGGCACGACACGACGUACCGGUUCGAAGGCAUCUGCGCAGACCUGGCGACCAUUGACCUCAACUCGCUGCUAUUCAAGUACGAGACGGACAUUGCACGCACAAUUCGAAGCGUAUUUGGCGACAGGCUGGAAAUUCCGGCAGCGUUUUGCGACAGGACGCCUUACCAGGCAGGAGAAGUUCUCACGUCUGCGGCUUGGGACCGCCGAGCCAAGCGCCGUAAGCUGACUGUCGACAAGCUCAUGUGGGAUGAAAAGGAAGGCGUCUUCUUCGACUACGACACUGUCAAGCGCGAGCGAUGCAACUACGAAAGCUCGACAACCUUUUGGGCCCUGUGGGCGGGCAUUGCCACGCCAAAGCAGGCGGCGGAAAUGGUUCAAAAGGGAUUGCCGAGAUUCGAGGCCUACGGCGGGUUGCUGGCGGGCACGGAAAAGUCGCGCGGCAACAUCGGCCUGGAGCGGCCUAAUCGACAGUGGGAUUACCCAUACGGCUGGGCGCCGCAGCAGAUGCUUGCCUGGACUGGUCUGCUUCGAUACAGCUUUACCGAGGAGGCCGAGCGCCUGGCCUACAAAUGGCUUUUUAUGAUUACCAAGGCGUUUGUGGACUUUAACGGCGUGGUGGUGGAAAAGUACGAUGUCACGCGGCCAGUUGAUCCUCACAGAGUUGACGCAGAGUACGGGAACCAAGGCUUGGAUUUCAAGGGCGUUGCGAAAGAAGGGUUCGGCUGGGUAAAUGCCAGCUACGUAUAUGGGUUGCAAAUAGUGAAUGCACACAUGCGCCGGGCUCUAGGCACGCUGACGCCGUACCCAACCUUUGUCAAGGCAAUUGAGCAAAGCAUGGAAAAAGAACUGGCUGACUUGACGGCGACCUAG